CCUAAUCUGCUGGAACUGAGCGUCGCUUCGUGCCUCGCCAUCAUUGCAGCACUAUGGAUUCAAAAGGCUCAAAAAGAAGCUGCUUCUGUAUACCACACCAUCCCUGGUCCUUGGUACGCUCCCUGGACCAGCAUUCACCUCAUGUACCUGUACUACUUUGGUCACGCUUGGAAAGUGCACGAGGGAAUGCACGCCAAGUACGGGCCCAUUUAUCGUCUCGGUCCUCGUCAGAUCUUCAUUUCCGACAAAGAGGCGAUCAGAAAGCUUCUCGUGAUCGACGAUCUCCGCAAGACAAGCGUGUACUCUGCCGUCGCAAGACAGCCUGAAGAAGCCGGUCUCGUGUUCACAAGCGAUAAAGACCGCCACCGCGAUCUGCGCCGUCUCAUGAGCCCAUUCUUUAGCAUCAAAAAUCUUGCUUCGCUCGAGGAUCGCUUUGCCUGGGCUUUGCGAAAUCUGAUCGACGAGUACGAUCGCGCUGUGCAAGCUUCUCCGGGUGACAAGAUGACCGACAGGGCGAUCACUGUAGACUUGUACAACGACGCAGCUCGUAUGGCUUACGACAUUAUCGGCACCACGGGUUUCGGUCAAGACUUUCACCUGCUCGAUCCUAACGCCAAAGACUCGGAGGAUGCGAUGCGCUUCGUAAAGAUUCCUUACCAAGGCACCAAGUGGUUCGUGCAACGCUUCGGACUAGCCUUUUUCAAGCCCAUCCGCUUCCUUUUCCCACUCGACACCGACCUCUUCCACACGCUCGAAGAUCUGGUCUCUCAGCGUCAAAAUCUCAUCAGAGACGACCCUCAGUCUGCGGCAGACAGCAAAGACCUGCUGCAAUGUAUGCUCACUGGCAAAAUGAAGGCCACCACUCCUCCACGUGCAGCUCCUGCGAAGGACGGCAGCAGACCUCUUGAACGUCGCGAAGUGGUGUCCCAAGGAGUCGAGUUGCUUCUCGCUGGAGCCGAAACCACUUCCAACACCAUUACCUACUGCCUCAUGACUCUUCUGAAACAUCCCGAGAAGCUCAAGGUGCUCCAGGAUUCCAUUCCGUCUGUGCCUAUCGAUGCUGAGCUACCAAGCCACACUGCUUGUCGCGAGAACGAGCUUCCAUUGUGGAAACCCUCACAGUAUCUGGAUGCGUGUAUCAAGGAGACAAUGCGUCUGUUCCCAGUGACUGGUGAGCUGGGAAGGACGACCUCGCGGGAGCCGGCCACUUUCAUGGGACACGUCUUCCCUCCUCGCACCGCCAUCUCUGCUUCGCUUCGCACCGUCCACCGCCGUCCUGAUUAUUGGCAACGACCAGACGAAUACAUUCCCGAACGUUGGCUUUCGGACGCUCAAGAGCGCGGUAUCAAGCCUGCGGACACCAGCGCCUACUUUCCCUUCUCUGCUGGAACGCGAAACUGCAUCGGCAUGAACUUCGCAUGGCAAGAGAUGCGCAUCACCAUCACCACGCUGCUUGCCCGCUUCUACAUUUCCGAAGUUCCAAAGCAGAAGCUCGAGUUUCGUCAAUUCGUCACGUUUCAGCUUAAGCUCGGCACUGGCUACCAGGUCAAGCUGACACCUCGAGAGGCCUAG